AUGGAACACAGAAGAUUGCGCAAAGGGCCGCUGCCUGGAGGUCGUCAGGGCGCGUCUGGAGCUGGCGCUGGACGCGACAGCAUGCGAACCGCCAGCCGAGCGCGAGGUGCUGCACGACCACCCAGCAGCCCCUCGCAUCCAUCAUCCCCACCAGCUUGCUUGGUGUCGGCAGGGUCUUCGCAGACCCAGCAAUCGGCACCCGCCACUGGUGGAGUACGCGGCAUGCGAUGGACCAUCAAUAUGAAUUCAAACGCAUUGCGGGCGUAUUUUAGGGCGAAAGGGGGAGAAAAUGGAGGUUUCGCGUAUCGGGCUAGGAUGCAUCGUCUUUUUACUGAGCUGGAACCAUCUAUUACUGUCACCGAACAAAACCUGGCAGACCGAGUUCGGUAUAUCUUACGCUCAAAUAUAUUUGAUGGCGCCGAACUCGAACGGCUACGACAUGAGGCUGAUCCCUCAUCAAAUGAAAACGCUACGACUGGGGGUGCGGUGCCACAAGUUGCAGAACGACCAGCACACGUGGAUGCCGCCAUGAAUACCCCAGUGGUUGCUGAUUCAAAUGAUGAUGGAACAUUCACCCAGGAACUAGAAAUAGAGCAAAUGAGGAUUACAUUGGUAGAGGCGAUUAUAGAAAUGCGCAGUACGCCUCUCGAAAAUCGACCGCGACUUCCCCGCAUAGCCCUAAGCAAGCGGAAUCGGGCUGUCGUGAGGGCUCUGAACCCAAUGCUGGUGACCUAUUUGGAAGCCAGCCGGGACCUUUGCGAGACGGACUCAAUUCUCUUUGGCGCCGCACUGGCAGUCUGCCGUAUUAUAGGCGCCAAACUUUCCACGGCUGGACGCACUACUGGACAAAGUAGUGCUAUCCCAGCCUGGAGAACAAGAAUUGAAGAACGUAUCGCAAAGGCUAGGGCCCUCAUCGGCAGACUGAUAUGCUUCAGAUCAGGCAAUACCAGGCCAAGGAUUGUGCGCACCGUCAGGAUGGCGUUUGCUGGGACAAAUGUUAGUUUGUCCCAGCCGGAUAUAAUGCAAAAACUGACGGAGCGCAUAGACGACCUGAAGCAGAGAAUCGCUGCUUGGGGAAAGCGAAUUCGGCGAUAUACCGAGAGGUCGACACGGUUCAACCAGAAUCGUCUCUUCCAGAGUGAUCAGAAGAGGCUCUAUAAAUCAUUGGAGCGACCAAUGGUAAGUGGAACGGGCCCAGUACCGAAUCAGGCCGACACGGUCGCAUUCUGGCGCAGCCUGUGGUCAGAGCCCGUAAACCACAACGAGGGCCCUUGGACGGAAGUUGUGGCGAGUCAGUGUGCGGGUAUUACGCCCAUGGACCCCGUCACCAUAACGCCGGAUGACGUAGCUGAGGCGGUCCGUAGUGCCCCGAACUGGAAAAGUCCGGGACUCGACUGGCUGCAUCACUACUGGCUGAAGGGGUUCGUGUUAUGUGACAAAACUGCGACGUCGGCGCAGUCAGUCAGCAUCCUGCCAAGAGGUGUGAGCGCCGUGCCUAGGCAAAAUUGUAGAUGCAAAGGUCCGUUUGUGCAUAUGACCCAACCACGAAACGGUGCCGGGCUUGGGCGUCUCCCGUUAUUUGGCGCCCAUAAAAUGGAUAAUGGAAGAAACACUGAAAGGAACGCGCAUAGGGCCGCUGCCUGGGGGUCGCCUCUUAACCCAAUGCUGGUAACCUAUUUGGAAGCCAGCCGGGACCUCUGCGAGACGGACUCAGUUCUUUUUGGCGCCGCAGUGGCAGCUUGCCGUAUUAUUGGCGCCAUACUUCCCACGGCUGGACGCGCUACUAAACAAAGUAGCGCCAUCCCAGCCUGGAGAAAAAGAAUUGAGGACCGUAUCGCAAAGGCAAGGGCCCUUAUCGGCAGACUGAUAAGCUUCAGGUCGGGUAAUAAUAGACCGAGGGUUGUGCGCACCGUUAGAAUGGCGUUUGCUGGGACAAAUAUCAGUUUGUCCCAGCCGGAUAUCACGCAGAAACUAAGGGAGCGCAUAGACGACCUGAAGCAAAAGAUUGCUGCUUGGUGGAAGCGGAUUCGCCGAUUUACCGAGAGGUCAAGGCGGUUCAACCAGAAUCGUCUCUUCCAGAGUGAUCAGAAGAGGCUCUACAAAUCAUUGGAGCGACCAGAGUUAUGUGGAGCGGGAACAGGGCCGGACCAGGCUAACACUGUCGCAUUUUGGCGUGGCCUGUGGUCGGAGCCCGUAAACCACAGCGAGGGCCCUUGGACGGAAGUUGUGGCGAGUCAGUUUGCGAGUAUUACGCCCAUGGACCCCGUCAUCAUAACGCCGGAUGACGUAGCUGAGGCGGUCCGUAGAGCCCCGAACUGGAAAAGUCCGGGACUCGACGGACUGCAUCACUACUGGCUGAAGGGGUUCAUGGUGUGUCACGCUGUGCUCGCCCGUCAGUUUCAAGAGGCUCUCAACCAGAAGUCACUCCCUAGCCUCUUCACUACUGGGAUCACUCAUUUGGUUCCUAAAGACCAGACGGUUCUCCUGCCGUGGCAAUCAGUUCAUCAACUAUAG